AUGUCACUUGAUAAGCCAUCGACAGUCCUCUACAAGGAGGCUAAUGGUAGUAGAAUCACGACAGACAUCUAUCUGCCCGCCGCCGCCUCGGAGCAGAGGAAAUAUCCCGUGGUCAUCGAUAUUCAUGGAGGCGCAUUCAUGCUUGGCCAUAGCCGUAUGGUCUCUCUGCCUCAGGUGAACGACUGUCUCAGUCGCGGUUGGAUCGUGCUCGUGCCAAAUCACCGGUUGUGUCCGGGUGUGAAUCUCUUGGACGGGCCGAUGCAAGACAUCCGUGAUUUGCUAUCUUGGAUAUAUGAAGGACACCUGGAUGAGUACCUCUCGUCUCAGGGGAGUUGGCGCGCAGAUCUGGAGAAUGUGGCUGCGUUUGGGACGUCGUCAGGCGGUCACUUGGCCCUGAGUUUGGGUUUCGGUGUUCCCAAACCAAUUAAAGCGAUUCUCUCGCUCUAUGGCGCAGUACACUUCACCGACCCGUUUUGGAAAAAACCACUCCCGCACAUCGCCGCCAAGCUCCCACCUAAUCUGGAAGAGUCCUUCUUGAACAAGGUAUACGACGAAAAGCCUGUACCGACGGAUAGCUCUGUAUCACUGGAAGGACAGACAGAAAGUGGAGCAGCAAAGGGGCCGAAUUUCUCACGGCCACGCGACGCUUUCGCAUUCACACAGAUCUCGCGCGGGACCAUCAUUGAUGCAAUAUAUCCAGCCUCACAAUCUACAGAUGCGAAGAUGGACCUCAUUGAUCCUGCGCGCAAUAUUAGUGGAGACUUCCCGCCGACCUAUAUCGUGCACGGCAUGGCGGAUACGAUGGUCCCGAUUGAACUAAGCCGUGAGCUGCAUCGCAGGCUGCAAGAGGCUGGUGUGCGUUGUGGAAUGACGGAGGUACCAGACGAAGAACACACUUUUGCGGCGAUGAUGAAGGUUGGGUCGCCGACUUGGUGGUUGCAGCGAGAAGGAUUUGAUUUCUUGGAGAGCCUUAUUGGGAAGGGGCCUGUGUAG